AUGCUCUGUGAAGGAUCUACAGACAUGAGGGACAGAAUGGGCGAUGCUCUUGCCAUCCAGAGAGUUGUUGAAUCAGCUGACGACUGUGCCAUGAAUUGCAAACUACUGGCUUCAUUCGCUCAGGAGGCGUGGGGUCGUGCAGCUCUUCGUGAAUCAGGUGCACUCGAUUUCCUGAUCAACCGUUUAUCAACAACACCAUUCAGUUCCUGUGACCGACUCGCUAUCGUGCAACCGCUUCGUCAUUUUGUGCACGAUACAAAUGGAAUGGCUUAUCUGGUCCGUAAUCGUAUGUUCAUCAAUACAGUUGUGAAGGAUGUUCAAGAGUUCUUGGCCGAAUUCAAGGUGGAAUGUGCGCCGGAGGUUAUUAUCGAUGAGAAUUUAUACCGCCCCGACAGUCCACUACUCAUGGAGAUCGAGUCCGGUCUCCAGAAGAAAAGUGAUCGCGAGGAGUCUUCUCGUCUUUACAAGGACUACUCAUUUCUUUGGGGUUAUACCACUCCGUCACCAACUUAUUCAUCAUGGAGUUCUCCUUUGUACAGUCCGCCAUCGAGCGGUGCUGGAAGUCCUACUUCGGCCUUCAGUAUCAGUCCACUGGCAAGCCCUAACUCGAGCUAUAGUCGCCUGAGCGAUUUCGGAUCGGAUGUUGAUGAAGGGGAAACAUCGAGAAGUCACGGAGAUUCCCGCUGUGAGCCUUUAGCCAAACCAACCAGUGGUAACUUAGUAGCAGAAAAGGUAAUUGAGAGUGAACUGUGGCUACUCACCUGGCAGGCUCAGGAAGACGCGAAUCUACCGUACCUCGGUCGAGAAGACGUUGUGAAUACUAUACUUUCUUACCUGUCGCUCGCCCCGUCGCCCGAUUACCGUAUCGGGCGAGUUCUACGUCGACUGGCCUCCUCCCGCUUGUCCAUCGACUCUCUUCUCACUAUGCAGUUUCACACACGUGUUUUGCAUACGCUGUGUAUGGUCCCUUGUAGAGUAGUCCGUUACGCUAAGCGAUGCGGUCGAUGCGAAAGGGCUGCGGAAUUCGGAAUUGAAGUGUUGAGGUAG